CACUCCCCCUAAGCUUAUUGGGAUAGCUGCCAAGUUCCUGAAAAAGGCCUGGGAAAGUAUCCAGGUGUGGCUAGCACAGCUAUGAGAUGCAGGGGCCAUGGGAUUUCGCUGACUGGGCAGGAGGCAGAGAAAAUGAGCAACAUCAACCACAUUCGCUGCUCUCUGGCAGCACCUGCAUGGUACUCAGGGGUUCAAGGUAGUCACUCCCUUGUUGAUUGGGUUAUUCUAGCCUGCAGGGAAGCUCAGCCCAAUGAGGAGGCCUCUUUGGGCACCAGGGACCCUGGAAAUCUCUACAGGAAUUACAAGAAGUUCUUAGAACUUCCUCUUUCUCUUCCGGUCCCAGGUGCUUCAGGAGUUCCGGGCUUCAGUAUAGAAAUUGCCCAAUGCAAGAACCACACCACACACAACCAGUCACAAAAAUUGCACAGAAGUGAAGAAACCCCAGUCACAAAGAUAUGAAUAUCCCUGUCUCUUUUUUUUAAUGUUUUUUUUUAUUUUUGAGAGAGAGUUGAGCCGGGGAGGGGCAGAGAGGGAGACACAGAAUCCAAAGCUGGCUCCAGGCUCUGUGCUAUCAGCACAGAGCCCAACGUGGGGCUCAAACUCACAGACCACGAGAUCAUGACCUGAGCCAAACUCGAACAUUUAACCAACUGAGCCACCUAGGUGCCCCAAAGAUAUGAAUCUCUUAAGGGAGUGGACCCCAAGUUCCUGAGGAACAUGUGCUUUGCCAGAAAGCACAACAAGAAGGGCUAAAGGAGAUGGAGGCCAGUAAUGCCAAGGCCAUGGCUGUAUGUGCUGAGGCUAUCAAUGCCCUUGACAAGUCCGUGAUCCCAAAGGUUGGCAGCCGCAAGCUCAAUCAACUUGCUUACAUCACUCACCCCAUGCUCUGGAAAUGUGCUCAUGCCCGUGAUGCCAAGGGUCUCAGGCUCUGCCAACCAAAGGCCAAGGCCAAGGUUCAAACCAAGGCCCAGGUUGUGGCUCUGGCCCCAGAUGUGGCUGGAGGUGCCGGGUCCCUGAUAAAGGCUCUAAUAUGGAGGCUUCUGUCUGCCAAUGUGAGGACAGAAGGACUGGUGUUACCCUGGGCUUCUAUCUGCAGGGGCUGGUAUCUUUCUGUGCUAGUUGCACAAAUAAACCUGAGGCAGGAUCUGUUGAAAAAGAAAAAGAAAAGAAAAUUCUUAGAGAAUUGGAAAUGAAACAGACCAUCAUCUAUGCCCCUGUCUUUGAAGGCCCUAAUCAGGCCCACAUGCAUUGCAGGAAUGAAAACUAAGAUUCUCUAGUCUGCUCCAGCACCCAGUAUGGGAUGCUGAUGUCUGUGCUGAGCCCAGUCAUGGGACAGACGUUUAUGAUGUUGGCUGAUUCAUUGCUGAUCUGAAGGGGACUGACAAAUGCCAGGAAUGAGGAUGGGCUGUAGAAAAGACCCGAAACAGAGAGGGAGCUGGAAGAGCCAAAAGGCUGUAAAGGACCCUAUG